CGCACGUGGCAUAGUGGGAAGCUUGCCACGUCAUGAUAAGGAAUUGCCAAUUCCGUCGUCGUCUUAUUCUACGGUAUAAAUUUUGUGGCCGGCAACUGCACUCCGUAGUGAAACUCUAUCAGAUCUGAGAAGAAGAGAGAAGAACAAUGGGGAGAAUCGAUUACUUGGCUAUGAAGACGGAUCAAGUCGCCGCCGACGAACUCAUCAAUGCGGACCUCCGGGAACUCAAGGCCGCCGCCCGCAACCUCUUCGACCACGCCACCAAGCUCGGCGGCCUUGGCUUCGGCACUUCCUUUCUUAAAUGGGUCGCCUCCUUUGCCGCCAUUUAUUUGCUCAUUCUGGACCGUACAAACUGGAAAACGAACAUGCUUACUGCUCUUCUAAUCCCCUAUAUUUUCCUAAGUCUUCCUCAUGUGAUAUUCCACUUCUUAAGGGGAGAAGUUGGGAAAUGGAUUGCUUUGAUAGCGGUCGUGCUGAGGCUAUUCUUCCCGCGGCAUUUCCCAGAUUGGUUGGAAAUGCCCGGUUCGCUCAUCUUACUCCUAGUGGUUUCUCCGAACUUCUUCGCGGAAACCAUAAGAGACAGCUGGUUUGGGACGGCGAUAUGUCUUGUGAUCGGGUGUUAUCUGCUCCAAGAACACAUCAGAGCAUCCGGCGGAUUCCGGAAUUCCUUCACCCAAAGCCACGGGAUAUCAAACACAGUAGGCAUCAUCCUCUUGCUCGUCUAUCCCAUCUGGGCUUUGGUUCUUCACUUUGUUCACUAAAUAUGUACCCUCCGUAUUUUUUUUUUAAAAUAAAGAUUUGGUAAUCUACUUUAUGAAAUUUCAUCAUCAUGUUUCCAGAAUACUUUAGGCAGUCAACGCCGUAUCUUGUACUGUAUACUAUAUAUUCGUCCCAAGACUAUUCAAAAAGAUUGU